GACCAGUCGCCGCCGCCGACGCAAGCUCUUCCAACACUGCCGACCGCCUCAAUGCAUGGGAGAUGGACGUCGGCUCACUCAAGGAUGGCGUGCAAUUACAGCAGACCGCGACACAACAGUUGCAACAACGGAUCUGCACUACCGCCACCACCUCGAGUUCAGAACCGCGCGAGACAACUCCAAAGUUCGACGGGCAGGAGAUCUUCUGCGACUCAAUGAAGACAGAUCCGAUCCCAUGGUUCCGCAAGUUCGAGCUCACACUACAGCUACACAACGUCAAGGAACACAAGCACCACGCAUACUUAUACUCUYGCUCAGGGGGCGCGUGCCAGGCUUGGUUGGACAACCUCUUGUCCAAGUACGGAGUGGUAGCUAACGACUUGCACACCAAGAUCAGUUGGGAUGAUCUGAAGGCGGCGUGGCACAARCGGUUCCAGGUGGAGCCGCCGGAGAUCAAGGCCAUGGACAAGCUCAUGAUCUUCGAGCAAGGCGCGCUGCCGAGCCGCUUGCCRGGACCRCAAUGCGCAACACUWAGCGCUCAUCUCCACACUUACUUAUCCUUCUAUGCACCACCAACUUCGCCGACGGAUGACGAAGUCGCGGUGGGGGACAUCCUGGCGUAUACUACCAAGGUGGCCCGCGAGUUUCGCACGCAGCGGUACGAUGACAACAACACACCGCUCAUGUAUGUCCGCAUUCAGGUUGGGCAAGCGUCCUGCAGCGCUUUGCUGGAUAGCGGCGCGUCUCGCAAUUUCAUGAGCCUGUCGUUUAUGCAAAAGGCUGGCCUUGGCGCACAAGUUCGGAGGAAGGCAAACCCGACAGCGAUCAAGUUGGCGGAUGGAAAGACGCAACAACUUCUCGACCGUUACAUCGAGGCUGUACCGGUCUACUUCGCACCUCAUGCAUGCGAACCGGUGACAUUCGAUAUUCUCGACACAGACUUCGACAUCAUUCUGGGAAUGCCUUGGCUUGCAAGUGCGGAUCACACGAUCAACUUCCACUGGCGGACUCUUCGCGUUCGCGACACCUUCGGCGCGGAAGUGGCGUGUACUAUUCCUCUACCGCACCCUUCGAUCUGGUGCCAAGUGGUGACGACAAAAUCAUUCCGGGCGACUUGCGCUUACGAGCAGCCCGAGGAGAUCGGCCUAUGUUUUCUACGGACCGUUGCGGUAGCCAACUCUUCACCCACGGACUUGUCUUCRGACCCCCGUGUGGUACGGUUGCUGGACCAGUUCGCCGACAUCUUCGAGUCACCUACCGGUGUGGUGCCGGAUCGGCCGAUCUCUCACGAGAUCAUUCUUGAGGCCGGUGCCGUGCCGCCGAAAGGUUGCAUCUAUCGGAUGAGCGAGGAGGAACUUGAGGUCCUCCGCACACAACUCGACGAUUUGUUGGCCAAGGGUUGUAUCUGCCCUAGCAGCUCCCCAUAUGGAGCACCAGUUCUCUUCGUCAGGAAGAAGAACAAGGAUCUACGACUGUGUAUCGACUACCGCAAGCUCAACGCGCUAACUGUCAAGAAUGCGGGGCCUCUUCCUCACAUCGACGAUCUUCUUGAGCGAUUGGGCGGCGCAAAAUAUUUUUCCAAGUUGGAUUUGAAAUCAGGAUAUCAUCAAAUCUCCAUCCAGCCGAACGACCGCUACAAGACCGCGUUCAAGACGCGGUACGGGCAUUUCGAGUGGGUGGUCAUGCCUUUUGGCUUUACCAACGCCCCGGCGACCUUUCAGCCAGCAAUGACCAAUGAAUUCCGUGCAAUGUUGGACCGGUUCGUGCUGGUCUACUUAGACGAUAUUCUCGUCUAUAGCCGGUCAUUGSAGGAUCAUCUUGGGCAUCUUCGACGAGUGUUGGAGACGCUCCGCCGCGCCAAGUACAAGGCCAGCCGCAACAAGUGUGAAUUUGUCCGGCAGGAGCUGGAAUACUUGGGCCAUUUCGUCACACCGGAGGGCAUCAGUCCGCUAUCGGACAAGAUUCAGGCCGUCCAAGCGUGGUCGGAGCCUCGGAACGUCACAGAUGUCCGCUYGUUCCUCGGUCUCGCCGGCUACUAUCAACGCUUCAUCAAAGGCUACUCGAAGAUCGCGGCCCACUUGAACAAGCUUCAAUGCGAGGAUCAGCCGUUUGAGUUYGGAGAGGAGGCGCGGGGAUCAUUCUUCGCUCUCAAAGCCGCGCUAUUGUCUGCCGAGGUCUUGCGGAUAUACGACCCGCUCUUGCCUACGCGCGUUACUACGGAUGCGUCAGGCUAUGGCAUUGGUGCAGUCCUCGAGCAACAUGACGGUGUGGACUGGCACCCGGUCGAAUACUUCAGCAAGAAAGUGCCCAUUGUGCAUUGCAUUGAUGAUGCACGCAAGAAGGAGCUCCUCGCCUUCGUCCACACGCUCAAGCGGUGGCGGCACUUCCUCCUUGGUCGAAGCCAAUUUCGCUGGGUAACGGACAACAAUCCGUUGGUAUUUUACAAGACCCAAGACACCAUCAAUCGCUCGAUGGAUGGCUUUCAUAAACCAGUUCGACUUCUUUCCCGAUCACAUUCCCGGGAAGUCGAACAGUUUUGCGGAUGCUCUUUCACGGCGUCCGGAUCAUUGUACCGCGGUCUACUCAACCUUCGAGAAUGACGACGACCUGCGGAACAGUUUCAUCCGCGGCUACCAAGCCGACCCCGA